AUGAAGCUGCUUACCACCGUCUCACUCUUUGCCUGCGCCUUGAGCGUACCAACCCCAAUUGACCUUGUCUCUCGCUGGAUUCCAGAUGCCAUUACUGCCAAUGAUAUCGUCGAUAAGGCUCCUUGCAGGCCUGUGACAUUCAUCUUUGCCCGUGGUACCGGUGACGUUGGAAACAUGGGUGUUGGCAUUGGCCCCAAGCUCGCGGUGGAGCUUGAAGCAUUGUUGCCAGGAAGAAUCGCCGUUCAAGGCGUAAACUAUCCCGCAUGGGGAUUGGGAAAUCUACUGUUUGGCAACUCGGGCGGUCCAGAAAUGGCUGCACAUGCGACUCAAGCCCUUACCCAAUGCCCCAAAACUAAGAUUCUUCUAGGCGGCUUCUCACAGGGAGGUAUGGUUGUGCACGUUGCGGCGUCCAAACUGGGCCCUGGAAAGGUGGCAGCGGCAGUGACAUUUGGCGAUCCACUCCACGCAGACCUAGUCCCCAAUAUCUCAAACUUCAGGACCUACUGCGCUCAAGGGGAUAUAAUCUGCGGAAGCCAGCCCUUUGUGUUAACUGCACAUGGCUCCUACCCCAAUAAUGCUGCCGAGGCGGCGCAGUUCCUUGUAGGUGGACUAUGA